UUUUCAAAACAGCUUUAACCACCGCCGGAAGAUAUACAGCUUGAAGAGGAAACCAGCUGCAGAGUAGCUAGCUACAAAGACAACAAAAAAAAUAUAAUAAUGAAAAAAAUUCAGAACUGUAAUACAAUAAGGCGUGCUUUAAAAAACAACAACAAAUAAAUAAGAGAACCCAUGUUAUCAUAUAUUAUCCGUUUCAUAUGUUAACAGAAAAUGGCGUUCUUUUCGUGAGUGCUCUGUAAACACAGCUAGCUAGUCUAAGCUAAGUGCUAAUGUGUACGUUAAGCUGCUACUUCACUAACUAGUCACCUAGCUGACAGCUGGCUAAUACAAACACAUCGAAAACUAAGCAGGAAGAUUGCUCAGUGUGUAGCCAUGAGUACCAAUGCAGAGCGGAAAUUUCUUAAUCUCAGAAAGCGUCUGGACCAGCUGGGCUACAGGCAGCCAUUAGGCAUCGAGUCACUGCCUCUGGUUGAAAAGCUUUUUAGUGAUUUAGUCCACACCACUGAAAGUCUUCGUAAUGCUAAGCUCUCAGCUGGGAAGACCGAAAAGGAGAGUCGGAAUCUGGACGCUCUGCUGGAGCCGUAUAAGACGGAAAAUGCCCGGCUUGUCCGAGAGAACAACGAACUGCACUUGGGGCUUCUCAAAUUGAAGGAGGAUAAAGAUCGAACUACUAGAGAGCUAAAGGCUUUCAUCAGGAAACUGGACCACGAGACCUCAGAUCUAAAGUUCCUCAACAAUCAGUAUGUGCAUAAGGUCCGCGCCCUGGAGAAGGACAGCAAAGCCAAAAGCGAACGCAUUCAGCAGCUCCAAGAGAAGAACAUGCAGGCUGUAGUGCAGACACCAGGAGGGAAAAAGAGGCCAAUUCCUUUCAGACGUCAGCGGAUGCAGAUAGACGAGCUCCUCCCCACCUCCCGUGGUCUCACUUCUCCAGUUGUGGCACAGCCUGAUGACCCGUACAUUGCUGAUCUCCUUCAGGUGGCUGACAACAGGAUUCAGGAGCUGCAGCAGGAAGUGACAGCACUGAAGUUGGAUCUAGAAAGAGCCCAGGGAGGAAUCAAGCACCUCAACGCACAGGUGGAGGAACGAGAUAAAGAGAUCGAGCGCCUGAAUCGGGCUCUAGAUGGAGGACGGCCGUACGAUGUCAUCUCUCUGCAGGCUCAGAACAUCAGUAACGAAAAGCUCAUUGCUCACUUAAACUUACAGAUUGAGUACCUGCAGGAGACAAACAGGGCUCUGGAGCAGAAGGUGGAGUUACUACAAGAGAAGAAGAAGACUGUUUCCAGUGAGGUGGCCGACCUGAGUGCCAGGAACCAGGAGCUGUGCAGUGAACUCACCCAGAUAGACCAGCUCGCACAGCAGUUAGAGAGAGACAAAGAGAUAGUGUUGGAAACGGCUGACAUGGAGCUGCAGGAGGCCAGGAAAGAGAUUCAACGGCUGCACAGACAAACUGAAGAACUGGAAGAGGUCAUUUCUAAAGUAAGACAGAGCUUAGCCGAAAGCAACUAUGAGAAGGACCGUCUGAAGGAUCAGCUAUCAGAAGUGCAGGAGCGAAACGUGAAGAUGGAGGGACUGAUGAAUUUCCUGGAGGAGGAAAAGAAGAGACUGCAGGACAAAGUAGAGAGAAUGACACAAGCUGAUAAAGAAAUGAUUUUAGAACUGGAGCGCAUGCGUGCUCUGCAUGGCACUUGUGGCAAAGAGCGCUCUCCGUCUCGGUUGGACGCUUUUGUAAAGAGUUUGGAAGAAGAAAGGGACCACUACAGACAUGAGGCGGAGAAAUACCGAAAGACAAGGGGUGGGGCAGACAGUGUCAGUCCCUCCAAGAGCAGGAGUCCCAGAGGGCGUGGGAGCUGGCCUGGAAGAGGAGAGAGUGCAGACACCGAGCUGUCACGUGCGCUAAGAGAGAGAGAUGAGCUGAAAGCCAUGCUGCUGGACUUUGAGAAACACAUGGAGGACAUCCAGAUUAAAGUCAAACUGCUCACCAGUGAAAGAGACCAACUCCGCACUCAAUAUCAACAGGCCCAGGAGGAGCUGCAGCGUGUUCGUAGCAAGUUAGCAUUUUCUCCUGAGCUGCCGCAGAGAGUGAGAGAGGAGAGAGAGCAGGCAGACACUGAACUCCAUAGAGUCUCAGCAGAAAGAGACGCUCUCCGCGAGAGACUCAAGGUGGCUCAGACUUCAGCUCUGACAGACAGGGAGCAGGAGGAGAUAAGAAUAAUGGAGCUGGAGAACACUGUUCAGAUGCUGGAGAGAGAGCGGGCAGAUCUGCGCACUCAGGUGACUGUUUUAAAGGAGAGUCGUGUAGCUUUCGAAGGGGAGCUGAAGGCCCGCUCAGCAGCAUUGCUUCAGAACGCAGAAGAGAUGGCCCAACACAGGGCUGAGAGCAGCGCUCUGAGGCUGCUGCAGGAGCAGAUGGAGAAGUCUCUCGCUGAUGUUCAGCACAGAUUGUCUGUAAAGGCUAGCGAACUACAGGCGGCUCACCAACAAAUGGACACGUUAGAGGAGAGAAUCGCUGAGCUGACUAGGAAUGGGUCUUCUCAGAAAGAUGAGGUGGCAUCACUGCAGACUGCCAUAGCAUCUCUGGAUCGAGAGAAGGACAUUCUUCAGGAGGCAAUGGACCAGAAGGCAGAGAGCCUGGUCCUGCUUCAGGACCAACUACACAAGAAGGAGAAGAUGCUGACAGAAGUUCGUCUCACCAUAACAGAAAUGGAGAACUCAUUAGAACAAUUGAAGGGAGUGCUGAGCAGCCGUGAGCGGGAGAUAGCUAGUCUGCGCAGACAGCUAGAUCAGUCGCAGGAGGAGCUCUCUUCAGUCAGCCGAGACAGAGAGAUCGCACUGAGAGAGAACCGCCGACUACAGGACGACCUGGCCACCAUGACCAGAGAAAACCAGGCAGUGCACAGAGAAAUGGAAGAGGCACUGAGAGAGAGAGACGAGCUAAAGAUGAGAGUCCACUCCUAUAUUUCUGAAGUGGCCAAGAUCGAGAAGAUGAUGGCGGCUAAGGAACAGGAGAACAGGGAGACGUUGGAGCGUUUCCGCUCGGCACACAUGGACGCCGAGGAGCGCGAGGUAAAACUGCAGCAGGCUGAGGGACUCAACAACUCUAUCAAACUGGAGCUUCUCUCUUCUGACACGGAGCGCAGACACCUCCGAGAGAAAGUCUCCCUGCAGGACAGAGAGAUACAGGAGCACAUGAGUGCACUGCAGGCGUAUGAGGCUCAGGCAUCCUCUCUGAUGCGGGCGACGUCACGGCUGGAGGAGGAGCUGCGGUCAGCACGGGCUGAGAAGGCAUCGGUGCUAGCUGAUCUAGCCUCUGUACGAGAGCUCUGUGUUAAACUAGACUCUAGCAAAGAGCUGACCACACGUCAACUCACUGCCAAGAGCAUGGAGCUGGAGCGGGUGACUGGUGAGCUGGAGGAUGUACGUUCAGAGAUGGAGCUCGUGAAGAAACAGCUGGCGAGCGAGAAGGUGACUGUUCGUAACCUGGAGACACUGCUGUCCACCAACCGACAGAAAGAGUUUCAGAACCACCUCAGUGCAAGUGAGAGGGAGUCGGAGAUGAAAGUGCUCAAAGAUCGACUGGCUCUCGCAAACAGCAAAACGGCAAGUCACGCUAGAGAGGUUUCCCAGCUGCGUGGAAAAAUGUCUCAGCUCCAGACAGAAGUGGACAUGCUGAAGAGGCAACUGACAACCGAGCGCUUUGAGCGGGAAAGGGCAGUCCAGGAGAUGCGAAGACAGGGUGUGUCUUUCACUUCACUGCGUAGCUCCUCCCCUCUCAGUACCUCACUCAGUCCCCGCCCAUCGUCCCCUGAACCUUCUGCCUUGCGCACACCGGAGCGCUUAAUUGAAAAAUCACCAGAAAAAAAUGUGAACGUCCCGAAGGACUAGAGAGAGAAAAAAAACUUUGGAAAGUGGGAAUCAGAAGGAGUUACUCGCUGGGAGUUACUUGCUGUUCAUACAUCAUCCCUCUUAUUGUGAAUUUGGUAGGAGAGGCCAUUUUAUAUCUGCUUAUAUCUGCUUAAAGCACUUCACUCCAUUGUGGCUUGAAUUCUGAUUGGUGUUUUAUUGAGAACCAAAACCUCUGGUUUUAUCCUAGAUUAUUUCUUUUGAAAACAAAUGCACUGACCUGCUUUUACAGGGACAAAUCUGAUCAUGGCACCAAAGCCAAAGAUGCAUCGUUUUCUAUUUGUUUUUGUUCUUUUAAAUAUCUUGAAGGAAUUUAACUCAGUGUUGUUGUUUUUUUGUAAGUUACUAUUUAUGUUUUAUGUAAUUUUUUUUAUUCUACUUACUUUUGUAAUACGAUUGGCAGAUGAAUUUGUAAGUCAUUUAUUUCCUGUAAAUUGUAGUAUUUUUAUAUUAAAUGUUAGUUUUAGAUGGCUUGCAGAGCUUUUAAUGGACUAUGAAAUGGGAUAUGGCCAAAGUCCUCAGGGUUGCCAGUGUUACAAACUUAAAAUCCAAACUUAUGACUGGUGUUGUAUUAUAAAUCAUUUUGUGUGUUUACUUGAAUCAUUAACUUAUUAACUUGAAUAAAAAUGUACCUAGUUUCA